AACCACCAACCAAACAAGAGAGGGAGAGAGAGAGAUGGAAUUCUCUUGCAAGGAUUUCAAGGUAGGAAAGUGUGAAGGUGAGAAAUUGGUGGAUGGUGAGACCAUGCCACUAGUGCUACUACCACCACAACCCAACAAGAGUGGCUUGGAAUCGCUGGUCUCGGCUGUGAAGAAUAACAAGGAGUGGUUCGAGGAGAUGAUCGUCAAGAAUAGUGCCGUCCUGCUUCGAGGCUUUGACGUAGAGAAGGCCGAGGACUUCAAUGAUAUCGUCGAAACCUUCGGGUGGGACGACAUCCGGUACGUGGGGCCUGCGCCCCGGACGCAUAUUUACAAGAGAAUUUGGACUGCCAAUGAGGGUCCACUGUCUGAGUUUAUAUACUACCACCAUGAAAUGGUUUUGAUCAAGGAAUUUCCGAAGAAAGUAAUACUUUUCUGUGAAAUACCGCCACCGGAAGGUGGGGAGACACCGUUCGUGCCUAGCUUCAGGGUAACGGAGAGGAUGGUGGAGGAGUUCCCAGAGGUGGUGGAGGAACUGGAGAAGAAAGGCCUCAAAUACACGUUCACGGCGCUCAGCAACGACAAUACAUCGUCAAUGAGAGGCCGAGGUUGGGAGGAUGCUUUCGGUACCUCAGACCGCGCUGAAGCCGAAAGAAGGGCGAAGGCUCUGGGAAUGGACAUGGAGUGGCUACCAAACGGAGGGGUGAAGACCAUCUUGGUGCCGCGAAAUCUAACAAGGGUGUUUGAGGGAAGAAAGGGGAGAAAGAUGUGGUUCAACACCAUCGUGGGGAUGCAUGGGAAGGAGAUCAGCUCGGCCACAAUGGCGGACGGAACGGAGAUACCGGAAAAAGUGGUGAAGAGAUGUGAAGAGAUCAUUGAAGAAGAAAGCAUCCAAUUCAAGUGGGAGAAGGGUGAUGUGCUCUUCCUUGAUAAUUUGGCUACCCUCCAUGGAAGAAGACCCUCCCUUCCUCCUAGGAAAGUCCUUGUUGCUACUUGCAAGUAGGGCUUCAAUUUGUGAUCCACUUAAUUCAAGAAAUGGUCUUGAACACAGGAACCAACUACAAAAUUAGACAAAAUCUUUUCACAUGAAAUAAGUCUCGCACCAAUAUAAGAGGGUUUAUGUCUCAUUUUGUGAUUGGUUUUUGUGUAGAAAUAAUAUGAUCAAGUCUGAGUCUUUGUUCCUUUAUAAGGCAUAUAUAUGCUUUUAAUAUUUAACUUUUAAUGAAGUAAUCAGUAUUCAAUAAAACAUGGUUUCCACACAAUAAGGAUAGCGAACAAUAAUUAAUACAUCAUGUACUAGAAAUGCAAGGAAAUGCAAUAAAAUUUUAUUCAAUUCUCCA